UCUAAAUAGUGGUAAUAAAAAAGCUUUUCAUUGAAUUUAUUCAUUCAUAGACAGAUAAUAUAGACUGCUGUGGACUGCUGCUUUCUGCAGGAAACGAACAAAAAGGCUGAAAAAUAUUAUAGUUUUACAGAAGAAAGCGUGCCAUAAUGAUAUAUUAAUUACGCGGAAGACUUUCAAAUUGAAAUGGCUUGUGUUGAGAAUAUUCCACCGCCUAACGCGGAUUCUGAGAUGGAAGAAGGAGAGAUCGUGGAUGAUUUAUCAGAUAUAUCGUCUGAAGAAGAAUACCUGUUGCGUCAGAGACUCCAAGUGCUUGAAACUUACAACAACGUCCUUGAACGUAAGAAGGCAAAACGCUUGUCUAUAGGGCCAGGUACAAAACAUAAAAGGGAUGAUGCAUUACUGUAUGAUUUAUCGGAAAUAUCAGCAACAGAACUAGAUGAUUAUUACUCCAAUGCACAAAGAAAACCAGUUAAAGUACAAAAACGACCGAAAACACAUCAUAGACAGAAAAGAAAGAAAUUGGAACCAAUUUUGCUUCCUGUAAAACCCAAGGAAGUGACAAGAGAAUAUAAGAAAAAGAACCAUCAUGCCAAGAAGAAGUUACCACCUAAAAUUGUAAGCGAAUCUAGUGAAGAAUCUGAUGAUGAAUAUAGAGCAAGUCGAAGAAAAUUAGCUGAUGCUGUUGUAGUCAACAAAGAUGCAAAUAAAACUUCUUUAAGUGAGAGACUUCAACAAAUGCUCUGUGGAGUCAACCCUGAACCAAAAGCAAUUGUUACUGAAACCAAAAAUAGUGAUAUUGGUAAUAUACUGAUAGAACAUGCUGAAUUAUCACCUGUAUCUGCAAUGAAUAUUGAUGAUAAUAAUGCAUUGAAUUCCGAAGAUACAAAGGACACAGAAACUAAAACAGACAAAUCUGUGAUAGACUUAUGCUCUGAUGAAGAUAGCAAGUCAAUUCCAAUUGAUACUGUAGAUUCAGUUAUUAAAGAAAGUGAAGUAAAGUCGAGAAAAGAUUCUACUUCAGGCAAAGAAUCUGAAGAAGAUUUAGAAUUGCUAAGACAGCAUGCUCUCAGAACUAAAAUUACUAAAACAAAUACAGUUCUUAAUGAUGUUCAAGUUGAAAACAAACUACUUUCUGAUGAUGAAGAUAGUGAUACGGCAGAGUUAAGAUUGAUCUGUCUUAAAUCUGCUUUACUAAAGAAGGCUAUUGAAAGAAAGCAGAAACAAAAGUUAAAGAAAAGACUUUCACAGUCAUCCCACCUACCAGAUAAUCGUUUAAACGAUAAUAACACUGAUAUAGAAUCGGUUGAUAUGGAUAUUGGUUCAGAUUCAGAAGAAAAGACUAAAGAAAACCCAGACGGUUGUGCCAAAGUCAAUAAUAUAGAGGAACAAAACAAAUCAAAUUUAAAUCCUGCAAUAUUUGCAAACAUUCCUUUACCUAGUCCAAUCCCAGUAGUGGAUGAACUAGAAGAUGAUGAAGAUUUAUUACGAGCUAAGUUACUUACUUCUUUAAGUAAAAAUUUACCGAAUUUGGUAAGCCCCAAUGAGAUUGAACCCAUACAAAGUAUCAAAGACUCUAGACCAAUUACAAAAAAACCGCCUCAAAUAAAACCUGUUGUACCUGCUGUUGUACCCAAAGAAAAGAGGUUUAUUAUAACUGUUGGCGCAUCGGAUUCCGAAGGGGAAGAUGAAGCUACUAAGAAUUUAACAAAGAUGCAUAUGAAAUUGGCUGAGCAAGCCGAUUUCCAGCAAAGAUUAGAUAUGUUCUUGAAGAGUACAAGAAUGGAAGUGGAGAAAACCACACAUCUUCCUGAUGUUAUUCAAAAGCCUGUUCUACCGAAGAAAAAUGAAAAGUUCGUUGCUAAGGCUGUAACUCACUUGCCAAAAUCGGAGCAAAUCGAGUAUAGGAACCUUGUAAAAAGGAUGGCAGAGUUAGAAAAGAUAAAACAAGCUAGGCAAACUCCUGUUAACUUAAGUCACAAAGUUCCUGUAUCAGUAAAGGAUACUUUAAAACCAAGGAAUGUAGCUACAGAAUCCUCAAAACUAUCUUCCGUAAAUGAUUUAGAAGAAAAAAUUAAAGCAUCGAGAAAACACAUAGCUGAAGAGUCAGCUAAGAUUUUAAAGUUGAAGGAAGAGGGCUUGAAAUUAUCCCAGAAAUACAAAAUUGUCGCCACAGAACUUCGCAAUAUUAAAACUGCUAUUGCACUCAACAAAAAGCAGACUAGAUCUGUUCAAAGUUGUUUAACCAAGAUAAGGUUGCACCAUCAAAUGUUAUUGAAAAGCUCAACAACUUCAGCACAUUCCAAAAUCAAUGGCAACUUGCCAUUUCAUAACGUAGCUACGAAGUUACAAAAAGAAAAUAAUCCUUCAAGCGAAGAGAACAAAACGUACAUAAUAAAUAAUAAAAUCGUUAAAGUAAUAGACAAUAACUUAUCUAAAGAAGAACCUAAACAUGUAUCAGUACAAAAACCUGUAAAAGAAAACAGUUUACGGAAAGAUGAACCAAAGAUAAGCAAAGAUGUUUCAAACGAGAAAGUCGUGGAUAAGAGAGAGCAAAAUCAAGAAUGUGCAGUCCAUAAAACAGCAAAAGAAAACAAUACGCCCGUUGAGCCUAAACAUCCUUUACCAAACAACACUGCAAGAGUUGUAAAACCUCCACCGUUAGUUAUUGUACAUCCAAAAUUAUCCGUACGACUUGACGUCACUAGCAAUAAAAAAAUUGUAAAAGUUGGAGACGAUACCAAUGAUAGUAAUACGGAAUAUAAAGAUAGGAAUGAGAAUUUACUGGAAAAUAGACUAGUCCCCCAUAUAGUUGUGGAAGUUGAAGGGAAUAGCGAGAAGUCGGCGCUGGAUCGCCGAAGACUGGAGACCUAUGACUACAGAUCACCUCUAGACGCUUUUGGAAUUACCACUUGGCAGGGCGACCCGAACAAGAUCCUCUGUCCCUUCGAGGUGGGCGGCGACUGCAAGGACGCUGACUGCAAAUACCAACACACCCCUUCCCGGUCCACCUGACAUUACACCCACACCCACACACGCACACGCUCUCAUCCUACACGUACUUACCCUUCUGGAUAUCCAUUCCCUUCCCAAAUGUCCGAACGAAGGCAAAGGAAUCUUCAGCGAUGUUUGGCGGCUGACCGUGUUCCUGCUUCUCGCCGACAAAGGUGGUAAGUUUCGAGUAACUUUAUAAUAGUGCAUUUGUAGUGCUCUGGACUCAUUUUACGACACACUAACGGGACUCCGAAGCUCUGGUAAAGUGUUUUGUGUUACGUAAAAUAUAUCAACUUUAUUAUAAUAUUAUUUUUUAAUAAAUAUUAUUGAUUUUAAAACAUUGUACACAUGUAAAAAGUUAUAAAAUAAACAAUACUUGAAAAUAUUGUAUA